ACAGUCAGUGCGGCCUUGCAGACUGAAGAGUGCUGCCAACAAAGGCCGAGUCGAUGGGGUUACAAAAAAUUGUUAAUUUGGACAUAUAAAACCCUUUUGUUAUUGUAAUUAUAAUUUUAAAUAGGUUGUGAAUCUGUGAUUACGUUAAGAAAUGUGUGAAUGAUAUGAAUCGUGACGACUAGCAAAGGUGUCAGCUGGUCCACAGUGCGAAUAGUGAAUAAGAAAUGGCGGCCUUGCCAGCAGGUGUUCAGUAUGCGUUAUCAUCGGAGGCUAGUUAUAAAGAAAACAAGGAACUAGUGUUUGUGAAAUUAACGGAUUCAGCACUAAAAGCUAUAGAAGACUUCAUUAGAAAUAAUAGGGACAAAUUGGCAAAACCUAAAAUAGAGUUCCUACCUGGAAAUCAAGGGAAAAUUUCCAUUCCGACUCCAAGUAGUAGCAAUGGGACAUCGUCGGAGUCAACGUUUCGUUUCAGCAUCAACAGCAAUGCGGAAAUGGAGGGUCCACAGGGUUCAUUCGAGUGCGUUAGGAGCGGUGGCGCCAAACGCCUGGAAUCGUGCGGGCCGCUGCCGAGACGGAUGCGAGUACAGGCCAACGACGACUCAUACGAGGCCACCAAGGACCGUAUGUCGAGGACCAUAGCGGCCGAACAGAGCAAAUGCACCCGCGUCAUUAAACCAAAUCAAACGGAUAUCGGGAGACGCGUCAAGGUACGCUCCUGUGGGUUUUCGAAUGGACCAGCGGCUCAGCUCGCCUCGCGGUUAGAGAGGGCUGAGCGUCCUGAGCGUCCUGAGCGUCCUGAGCGACCUGAGCGACCUGAGCGACCUGAGCGACCUGAACGCCCUGAGCGGUCUGAGCGACCCGAGCGACCUGAACGCCCUGAGCGACCCGAGCGACCUGAACGCCCUGAGCGACAGGAUCGUCCCGAACGUCAGGAAUGGCCCGAAAGACCCGAGCGACAGGAACGUCCCGAGAGGCCCGAGAGGCCUGAACGGCAAGAGAGGCCGGAGAGAGUAGAAAGGGUUGAGAGACCGGCGCCGGCGCCCCGGCCGCAGCCCCCCGCCCCGGUCGCCGCGCCCCCGCACACACAGCCGCAGCGACCACCCCCCAAUCCGGACCUCACCAGGCGGCCUCUUAAAGAAAGACUUAUACAAUUAUUAGCACUGAAACCCUUCAAGAAGCCAGAACUAUACGCAAGACUCAUAAGCGAGGGUAUCAAAGAAAAGGAACGCAGUAUGGUUAACAAGAUACUGCCAGAGAUCGGAACGCUCAAGGACAAUUGUUACCACUUACGUAGACAUAUAUGGAACGAUGUUAACGAAGAUUGGCCUUUCUACACCGAAGAAGAGAAACAUAUGCUGAAGAGGCGGAAACCUCAAAAUCUAACACCGCCUUUGAGCAGCGACUCCGCCAAUUCUCUGUCACCUCGCGCGUCCCCCGGCAAGCGGCCGUCGGUCCCAGGAGACGAGCUGCCGGCGAAGAAACAGCGCAUCUCUCACUACAGACGACCUUCACCACCCUCCUCAGGGUACGCCACCACCUCCUCCGGCGAGCGACACGCCUCUGACAAUGAGGACGACCGCACCGCGAGCGAGGAGGCGCCUGUAAAGAAGCAGCGCGUGUCUCAAUCAAGACGGUCUUCACCACCCUCCUCAGGGUACGCGACCACCUCCUCCGGCGAGCGACAGGCCUCUGACAAUGAGGACGAACGGAACGUUAAAAAGGACAAUGGGUAUACUCUCAACUUCACAACCGUUAAAGAUCUCUGUCCAAGUCCUGUUAAAACGAAUGGUUUCAGUAGAAGUAGUCCUCCUGUAGAGCAAACGAGUAUCACAGUAAAAGACAUCACAACGGAACCAUUAGAAAAUACAGCUUUAACGUCCGUGCCUGAAGAAAAUAAUACGACUGAUCUGGUAGACAUUGAAAGGCAAUAUCCUCCAAUAACAAGUUCCAGUACCCGUCGCGCGUACAAGAACGAGUUUGCGAAUCUGUACACGGAGUAUCAAUCGUUGUACGGUCGCGUGGCACAGGUGGCAGCACUGUUCACACAGUUAGAACAACAACUCAAAAGAGCCGAGCCUAAGAGCCCACACCAUAGGAGCAUAGAACAACGUAUUGUAGAGGAGUAUCAUCGUAUGCGUAACGACGCCGACUAUCAACGUGAGAGGCGGCGCGUCAAUUAUUUACAUCGUAAACUAAACCACAUCAAGAGAAUGGUGCAUCAGUACGACCAGCUGCGUAACCUGAAACCGGAGCGCGUGUCAGCUGCCAGUACUACACAGGCGUACUGACACUCGAGUUACCAGCCCGCCCGAUGCCUCUAACACCACCGCAGCAUCGACAUGGCCUAUACAACACUCCCUAGUGACACAGAUUAUACAAGUGUGUGGACUGGCGGUACAGCCAAAUUGCAGUAUUGUAAAUGUGUGUAAACAUAUAUAUGUGAAAAGAAAAAAAAAUUACAACAGCUAGGUAUAAGCUUCCGUUAUCGAGAUUCCUAUUGAUGCUGCCUUAAAUCUUAAACUGAACUCAUCGUUGAUAGUUGUAAAUCAUAUUGUGGAUAUAUAAUCUUUGGUAUUUUACUUUUCUAUAUAUAUUUUUUUUGUCAAUGUGUCGAUUAAUUAUUCUUUGUACGUUAUUGGUAUUUGUACACACAUAGCCUUCUGCCGAUUUGGCAUAUAAGUACCUAUUGUUGUUCGGUUGAUGGAUAUAAUGUUUAGUUAAAAAAAUUGUUAUAAUGCAGCGAUAUAUAUAUCUAUUUUUUAGUUUUACGGUUCUUCCAUUAUUUUUAUGAAAGGAAACAAUUUGUUUGAAACGACUAGCGACACCAAGCGGAGAUCGACUUCGCUUUAUACCGGAUAUGAGGGCCCAUAUUGAAUUUUAAGAAACAUUUAUUAAAAAAAAAAAAAAACCUAGCUAAUUAUAUUAUUACAUAUUUUCGGACAUUAACUGUAUUUAAUGUAUAUCAAACUUUAUUUUUUUACCAGAUGCUUGUAAGAUUCUGCUUUAAUUAUAAAAUAUGUGAAAAUUUUCUAUGAAUAUAUAUAUAUAAUUUAAUUGAAGCAGAACACUACAAUAUAAGGUUAAUAUUGUACCAUAAUGUUAUUUGCUAUUGUUAGUCGUAAAGGGUCUAGACUACGAGCGACCUUUCUACGUAUCUAUAGGUCCUUCAAUUUGUUUAUUUUUUUUUUUAACAAUUGGUUUUUAUAGUGUAAAUAACUGAAUUAUAUAUAUAUUAAUAUCAACUAAGUACAUAAUAGUCCAAUGGUAGAUGUUUGUUCGUCCACAUUUUUAUUACACUUAAAAAUUUUUGCCGUCUGAUGUUAUCUUUGUCCAAGUAAUUUUUGCUUAUAAAUAAUGCCAUAGUCACAUUUUCCGGAUAGGUUCUUUUUCGUCAUAAGAAUGGAUAGAUUGUGUAUAUUCGACAGUACGAAUGUCAUUUAAUAAGACUUCUAUUGUUUUUACAUCACUUGGGCGAUAUUUCGCAUGUCGCGUAUGAAUCUAUCUAUGUCUUCGUACGUUGGACGUUUAUCAUUUAAACGCGUCUUGCCCAGCUUGCAUGUUGUAUAUAGAAACAAUAUAUAAUGAUAUAUCAUGUUCUUGUUAAAUUUUAAUAAUGGGUAGUGUAAUAUCAGUUUUUAUUUGUCUUAAAAUUAAAUGAUUGCCUUAUAAAAGUACGGAUUUGCUCGGUAGCGUUAUUUCUGCGAGGGACAUCAUUAUACGACUUGGUUAUGUCACAAAAAAAAAAGUAAAGAACAUUAAUUGUAUGAUACAGCAAUAACGCUUAUCGGGUCUUGUAUGAGAACGUGGUCAUAGAUUUUUGCCAAAAUUAUAAAUACGUUUUUUAUAUUUAAUGUUAGUUUUUAAUCGCUACAUAAACGUCUUGUUAGCAACAACCGGCCAGUGUUGAACAUCCACUAGAGAUAAGGAAAUAUUCUGAAACCAAUUCGGAAUAACCCUCCAAUCACAAUAAAAAUUAGUUAUUUUUAGUCUGCAUUCGGGCCGUUUCCGAACAGAGUACUUACCCUUAAACCUUUUUUAUUCUAUUAUAUUCUCAAUUCAAUUGUUAAUAUCUUAGUAUUGAUGCCAAACUUUAACUAUACUUAACUUUCAUUUUACGUCUCUAUAUGAUCACUGUGUUUGUCCUUUUGCAUAUCGAAGAGUACUCCACGGACCCCAAUGUAUGAAGCCGUCUUUUUGUAUUGUGUCCUAAAACUAACGUCCAUAUUCGAAAAUGAUUUAGCGUUAAGUAAUUCUGAUUUUAUCAUUCGAGAAACAAAAAAAAAACUAGGUUUUUGUGAGUCCAUUGUUUUCAUAAUAUAAUUUCGCUGCAAACAAAUGGCAGGUUGACGGAAAGGCUGCUAAAACAUUCUAAACACAGGUCCGCGAUAUUGUCCAUAGAUAUCAAGAUUUUUAUUUUAAUGUUUUAUAAACUAAUUAAUUAAAUUUAUUGGAUUUUAUAUAAAGUAUACAGUUUAGGUCAUAAAUAAAGCUGAAAUGGCUUUUCCUCCAACUUACCAUUCACAGCAGAUUCGUUCGGAGCAAUAUGUCCUUGAAGAGAAUAUAAACGUCAUCAUGAAAUUGUUUCCACAUAUUGUAUAUACAUACUUAUUUGUUAUAAAAUUAAUAUAUAUGUUUAAAUAGUAUAAUGAGAUCAUAUUGAGGUGAAGUGAGGUGGGUUUACAAAACCUUGUUGUUUGAUGAUGUUGUUUCAGUUGAUUUUUGUCAAUUAAUGUGUCAAAUGGCGUUGCUAUUUCAUUUUCUUUACUUUCAUUAAUAAAAUCAUACAGUCAAUUGCUUGUACGUAAUGAUGCAUUUUGCGUCAGCGAACGGUCAAUUCAUACGCAAGUGUCCUUUGUUUGCUCACAAGUUUUGUUAUAAUCUUAAAUCAUUUUACUCAAUAAAAUGCUCAAUAUUAUGGUCAUGAUAUUAGAUAAUUAAACUUUGCUUUGGAAUCUUAAUUUAUUUAAUAUCCUAUUUAUUUUGAAUUAAUUUAAAUUCACCAAAAAAAAAAAAUAAUAAUAAUAUAAAUUAAUUUUAAUGCCUUUUAGCUCUUGUUUGAAAAUUUUCGAUUCAGUUGUGACAAUAUAAAAUCACUUGCCCCGUAAGCCUCGGAUGGAUGUGUCAUCACAAACAUUAUAUAUUAAAAUAAAUAAAGAAACAUAAUAAGGGAACCGUUAAAAAUGUUAUUGUUACCAGUAGUUUAAGCAACGAUUGUUUUAUAAAUGUAUAAUAACCAUAAUAAAAAAAAAAAUAUUAUUAAUGAUCUGUUUCUGAUGAUGCGGUGAUGAUUAUCAUAUGUUGACUAAAAUGUUAUGAUUGAAAGUGGACAUUGUGAAUAUGCAUUCCAUUCGUAUCAUUUAUAGCACUGUUCAUUGAUGCACUUGAGAAUUUAUAAAUUUUAAUACCGCCUUACAAUUUAUCUUACUAUAAUCUUGUUUAGAUUAUAUAUUCUAUGUACCUUAGCUAUGUAAGAAUGCCAUGUGGCAUGCGACAUGUGAUCUUACAGUGUAAUUAAAAUUAAAGUGCAUCAAUUAUGUAACAUACAAUGUGCAGACCACUUUAAAAUUAUAACAAAUUUUUUAUAUAGAAAGAUGUUAUAUACCUUUCUAAUGGAUUAAUCUGAUGUACUGUCACAAAGGGAGUUAUAAUGUCAAACGUUGCUCGAUUGUUACCGAAUAAGUUAUUAGGGAGGUCGGACAGAAAUAUUUGUAUUUUGUCAUAUUUAUACAAAUUGAAAAUAUCUCAAUGAAAUAUCAUAGUCCAUUGUACAGUUUAGCCGAUAUUUAGAAUCUAGUAACAUCGAUUUUUUUUUUAUCAUAGUUAGCGAUAUAUAAGUAAUAUUAAUUCCCAAAUGUAUAUUGAUCUAUUUGUUACGUGAUAAAAAGCGACGCAUCUUCUCUCGUUUCAUGUGUUUGUCGUUCGUCGGUAAUAUUUGAUCGUGUAACUUAAAGUCAAUCUGGUUGUGUUAACCCCGUGUGUAAUCUUAACAAUGAAUGUUGGCCUAUAUCAUUAUAUAUUUAUAUAUAGCUGGAAAUUUGUCUGUGCGUUGUUUUUAUCACGUAUCAAACCUAACAAGUUAUACUUAACAUAGCUGAUAUUAUAGCGGCUUAAGGCGGGCGUAACGUGAACACCAUACAUAAUUUGUUUAGAUUUAGAUGUUUGAGUUUGCUUAUUUUGAUCAAACGUUAUUGUAAAUUUGCUGUACAGAAAAAACAAAUAUGGCCGCCGUCGCGCUUCCGGCCCGACGGCGAUCCCAAGACUGUCGGUUUACUGAACAACUUAAAUACUAUGUAUUACGAUGUAAAUAGAGAGUACGAUUUAGAUACAUGGAAGUGUUAUGGGAAGUAAUCGUAGUGUUAUACAAGGAUCGCUAUACUAUAUUAAAAGGGAACAGAAAAUAUAUAUAUGUAUAUGUAGACGGGCCGUAGGCUCGGCGGCGGCCUCAACAAUGCUGCGAUAUUCCUUGUGCCCCACGAAAUAUCAGUGCAUUAUAUGAGUCGAGAUGUAAAGACGAUGCGGUAGUGUUAUUGUGUAUAGAAGUGUUUAUACAAGCUCGAGUCAGGCGGACGACCGACACUUGCCAGCCGGUUCGAGCGAACGACGACUUGCUAUGAAUCCUGACAUCGGCUCACGUUAAUUAGCUUUUAAAUAUUUCAUCAAAAUAUAAAAUACACAAAAAAAAAAAUGGAUAUAAAUUUUUCGACCAAGUGCUGGUUGUUUUUAAAUUAUUAAAAUGUAAAAAAAAAUAGAUUAUAAACAAAGUAUAGGUACAAUUUAUGAAUUAUACUUUUCUUUUCGGCAUUUCGUGUAACAGUGGAAGAGGUUUAGCUUAUUUCGCUACUCAUGAAUCAACUAUAUUGUAUACAGUUGUUUUAAGUUAGAGCAUUCACUGCGAGCACUUUGAAGCAUACUAGCGUUGAAUGUUCCUUUUUGUGAUUUUUUUUUGCUCACGUCCUCUUCCAUUGCUUUAUUUUUUGUUUCGCCAACUGUCUUAUUGUAUAAUAUGAUUUUGUUAAGGCAGGGUAAUGCAGAAAUAAGAAGAGGUACUUUUUUAUUUUAAAAUAGAUUGUUUGAAUGUUUCAAUUGAGUUGAUUUAAUCCAUUCAAUGGAAUUUGUAUUGUUAUGAAACAAGCAAGAGUUUGUUGUUUUUUUAAUUAAGUCAUUUUAAUUUUCGAUGGUUAAUGAGGCAGCUAAUAGUUUAUUACAGUCAAGUUACCACUCAAACAAUAGUCAGGUUAAGGCUCUCUUUGGCGUUUACAUUGUAUAAUUGGCAUCACGUCAAUAUAGUCUAAAGUAUAUUUAACAUCGCAGAGGAUACGAGCUGAAGAGAGAUGGUGAAUAGUAUUGUUAAAAAAAGGUACCUAUUCAAAAUCUGGUAAACAGACUAACUUGUUCUAGAGUCUGAUAGUGUUGCUGCAAUGUGCAUUUAUGCUAUCUUCAUUUAAUUUUGAAUUGUGGGAUCAGUGCCAAAACCUUCUCUUCUUGUUUAGCUCAAAAAGAUGCAAUUGUUAGCAUGCUUGACGAAACAGCUAAGUUAUUUGUUUAGUUAGUCUGCCAUUUUGUGAAUAUUUUGUUUUGAUAGUAAUAUGUAAAUCUUUUAUAAUAUAUUUGUUUACAAUAAAUAAAUGACAACAUUAUAAAUAAAUGAAAUUGUAUUUUCCAUUUAAACUGAGAAAAAAAUAUAAAAAGAAUAAUAUGCAAUGAU